CACCUCUUAUGGUUCUGUUUGUUUGGUACAUGUACCUCUGUUCCAUUUCACAUAAGAGAAAACCAAAACCCCAAAGCCUAACAAAUCUGAAAGAGAAUUUGCAGGCUAAUCUGAUUUCCCUUCAGUACAUUCAGACUUUCUUUUUUUAUUAUUUAUUUUAUUUUUAAAUUCUUCUGGGUUCCCAAAAAAAAAAAAAAUGCAUGGAUGUUUAGAGCCCUUGGAUUUGAGCGUUCAGAUACCUUACCAUUUCAGGUGUCCGAUCUCGCUUGAGCUCAUGCGUGACCCUGUCACCGUUAGUACCGGUCAGACUUACGACCGCUCCAGCAUCGAGUCCUGGGUUUCAACCGGUAACAGUACGUGUCCUGUCACUCGUGCUCCGCUCACAGAUUUCAGUCUUAUCCCAAACCAUACUCUUCGCCGCUUAAUCCAGGACUGGUGUGUCGCCAACCGUGCUUUUGGUAUUGAACGCAUCCCGACCCCCAAGCAGCCGGCGGAGCCCAGUUUGGUCAGGUCUUUAUUGAACCAAAUUGCGUCGGAGUCCAAUCCUCAUCAGUCUCGCCUCUCUGCCCUCCGUCGACUCAGAGGACUCGCCCGUGACUCUGACAAGAACAGGUCCAUCAUUUCUUCUCACAACGCACGAGAAGUAUUACUUAAUAUUCUCUUUGCAAACGCUGCGGAUUCCAAUUCUUCGGAUUUGAAGCACGAGGCGCUUGCACUUCUCGUCAUGUUUCCCCUCACCGAGUCAGAGUGUGUGUGCAUAGCUUCAGACUCGGAGAGAAUAAAUUACUUAGUGAAUCUCUUGUUCAACACCUCAAUCGAAGUUCGAGUCAACUCGGCUUCAAUCUUCGAAAUGGUGGUUGCCGGAACAAAAUCCUCAGAUCUUCGAGCUCAAAUCAGCAGCGUAAACAAAAUCUUUGAAGGAGUAAUUGAAAUGCUAAAAAAUCCUAUCUCUUAUCCUCGCGCUCUCAAGAUUGGCAUAAAAGCGCUAUUCGCCUUGUGCCUCGCGAAGCAGACCAGGCACAAAGCUAUUUCCGCGGGAGCAGCGGAUAUUCUAAUCGAUAGACUGGCGGAUUUCGACAAAUGCGACGCCGAGAGAGCGCUGGCCACAAUAGAACUGCUGUGCAGAGUGCCAGCUGGGUGCGCGGCAUUUGUAGAGCACUCGCUGACGGUGCCGCUGCUGGUGAAGACGAUAUUGAAAAUAUCAGACAGGGCAACAGAGUACGCUGCGGGAGCUCUGCUGGCGCUGUGCACGGAGUCGGAGCAGAGCCAAAGGGAGGCGGUGAGCGCUGGGAUAUUGACGCAGCUAUUGUUACUGGUGCAGAGUGAUUGUACGGAUAGGGCAAAGAGGAAGGCGCAGAUGUUACUAAAGUUGCUUCUGGACUCGUGGCCGGAGGAUUCCUCGGGCAAUUCCGAUAAUUUUGUUUGCAGUGAGGUCGUCCCUUAAGUGAUCCUUUGUUCCUCAUCCUCAUAAUUCUUCCUCUCCUCCCUUUUUUUUUUUUUUUAAGUUUUAAAAAGGGCAGAAAAUUGGAAAUUGAGAUUGUAGAUUGGUAUAUAGAGAGAAUGAGAAAUUCUCUAUGUAAGAAUUUGUUUCAAAAAGAUUUUAAGAAAUCUUCUUCUUCUUCUUCUU